AAAGCCUUAAAACUGGGCCCCACCCGUGAUUGCGUCAGUAUCCCACCGGCUCACGUUAGCAGAUUACCCUUAUCCCUUCUAUAACGCCUCCAUAAUUCAAAUCAGACCCCAGAAAAAAAGGAUAACGGAUAUGGCAUCGGUAGCUCUGCAUUUCCCGCCAAGCUGCCGGAAUUUUCCUUCCAAACCUCGCCGGAAAUAUUUCCCGCCAAAAACGUGGAGAUGUCUGACGACGACGGCGAAUGCGUCAGACGCCGAUCCCCUUCUCGAAGCUGCCAAGCACACGGUGGAUACUUACAUCGAAAGUGGCACAGUGGUGGGACUUGGAUCUGGCCGUGCUUCUGGCAUGGUUAUUCAGUAUUUGGGUCAGCAACUUCGAAAAGGAGCUCUGAAAAAUAUAGUUGGGAUCCCGACUUCCAUUUCUAGUGCGAGUGAAGCAGCGAAAGCAGGAAUUCCACUUGAACAUUACCCAGAUAGUCCUCAAAUUGAUUUUGCUGUUAAUGAUGCCGAUAUUAUAGAGGAGGGGACACUUACUGCUGUCAUCGGUGGCCAGAAAUUGCAGGGUGGUGAAUCUUUACUUCAAGAGAUGUCUAUCAUAAAAGCAGCCGGUAGACUUGCAUUCAUUGUUACUGAGAUGCAGUAUAAAAGAGAUCUCGAAGGUUCUAUCCCAGUUUUAGUUCAAUCUGAUAAUUGGAUGGAGACGGCAGAAGAAAUAGAUGACCUGUUUUUAGGGGAUGCAGAGGUGUGGAGAAGACCGACUAUUGGACUUGCAGGUCCUAUGGGAGGGGAGUUCCCAUUGGUUACAAGAGAAGGACACAAUGUUCUUGAUCUCAUUUUCACUUCUCCAAUAGCAGAUCUAGCUCAAGUAGCCGAAAGCUUAGAUAAAAUCGAUGGUGUUGUGGACCAUGGUGUAAUAAGCGGCAUUCCCUGCAUUGCAGUGAUUGCUUCAAAAGACGGGUUGCAAAUAGUCGAUAGUUUGCCGAGCAGUGUGAUCAAGGGACUGUAAUCUUCACAACCAACAUCAUAGUCAAUUAUUCUACCUUCAUAUAUCUGCACAAGUAAUCUUCCUAAGCAGGAUUUCAACCUGUGUGGUCCACUCAAGAUGGUCAGCCACAAACUUAGCGGUGAUAGGUAAGUGUUGUAACCUAUACAUUACUCUCUCAUUUGGUAGCUUAUUUCUCAAGUGUAUACCGUUUCUUAGCUGUGCUUAUCCUCUCUAAUGAAAAUCCUGUAUCUUCACCUUUGAAAAAUGAGGCAAUGUGUUGGGUC